AUGAAAAAACGUUUACCAAUUUAUUAUAAACUUUUCUACCUACUUUUAUUUCCCUUAAGUAUUGCUUUACUUCUUCAAAAGGUUAACCCGCAUUGGGACCAUGACAGAAUUUAUUUGGAGACUAGAAGAAUUGUGGGGGCUGUUAUACAAAAAAUAACAUAUGAAGAUUAUUUGCCUAGGCUUUUUGGAAAAAAAUUUGAUGAACUUAUUGGAAAAUACAAGGGAUACAAUCCAAAAGUUGUUCCUUAUAUUUUCGUAAGAUUUAUUAAAAUUGCUUAA